ACGAAGGCCGGCCAGUGAACCAACCAUGACGGCAGGAUUCCGCCAAAAGAUCGAAAAUCUUCUAGCUGGGGGGUCGAUUAUUCGGAAGUUCCAGAUCACAUUCUUUUGUUCGCAUUUUGCUUGAUUCCGGUCUCUGGCUGGGGUCUACAAAAAGGAUCUACCGUACUGGGUUUCGAUCUUUCUUCCUUGUUCAAACAAAGCACCAAAUAGGUCCAUUAUUUGUCGCGUGCUUCACUAUCAAUUCUAAGAACAUGGAGGCAAAAAUGGCAGCUGUCCCAGAGAGCACCGGAAUCCCUCCCCAGACUCCCAGAUCGCCGUUCCAGACUGGGGUCAGAACGUCAGGCCGUGCUUUCAACUCCCCCAACUGGCGUAUGAAAUCGGAGGAGAGCCCCGGUGCUCAGAGCCCUAGAUCUCCUAGCCACCAGACGAACAGCUCGCGAUCGCCAUUCAGCAGAUCUACCACGAAUGUCCCGCAGUCCAUCUCUGAGGGAAGGCGUCUGUAUGUCGGUAACAUGCCAUAUUCGGCCAAGGCGGAGGAUGUGGAAACCCUCUUCCCGAGAGAUGAAUACCAAAUCGAACGCAUUGAUAUCUCCAUCGACCCUUUCACCGGCCGUAACCCCUCUUACUGCUUCGUCGAGUUGGCGACCAAGGAACAAGCUGAUCGCGCGAUGACUGAAUUGGCCGGAAAGGACCUCCUUGGUCGUCCCGUUAAGAUCAGGCCAGGAGUUGCCAAGUCGUCCAACGACCGCUCGCUGCCUAGGGGUGAGAGUUCUCCAAGGACCGAAAAGACUGCAGCUCCAUUUGCUUUCGACCGCUGGCAGAGGAAUGAUGCUUCAAGUCACUUCAAGGGCUACAGUGAGCAGGGCCGUCGUCUGUAUGUCGGAGGACUGCCCAGACCGGUAAACCAGCCAUCAGUGGACGCUGAAAUCCGCAAAUUCUUCGACGGAUUCAACGUCGAAGCUAUCAGCAAGGUCAUUUCACCUCAUUUGUCUAAGCGAUUCGAGCCUGGCGACCACUACUACCUCUUCGUUGAUCUUGGCAGCACCGAAGAAGCCCUGGCCGCUAUGAAUACCCUGGAUGGACGCGACGGCCCCUGGGGCGGCAAGCUCAAGGUUAGAAGGGCCAAAGGCGAGUCCGUCAAGGUUGAUGAGAGGAGCAAGUUGACUGCUUCUCACGGGACCCAGCUCCCUUCUGCCGCUGGUGAAGCUGCUGCGGCUGCCUGAGAGUAGUAUUUCACUGUCGAGUACAGAGCCUAUCAUCACUGAUAUUCAUGUACGGGACUAAAACUGCGACUAUCAUCGAUACCCAGCCCAGCCCUGCC